UGGCUCAGGUAAAACAAUCCUAUUUCGGAACGCGUUUCUACUGACAUCAUCGAAGACCGGCGUAAACUUCACCGCGGCAGCGCGCAGUAACAAGAGCAACGCCCCGCUCACCCUGCGGGGAACUAGCCGCGCUGGCUGCCGAGUCUGUCCCGCCCUCCGAGGGGCGGGCGUGCGGCGUGACGCGAGCGGCGAGCGGCGAGCGGCGGCGGGGAGCAUGGGUUUUGGAACCCUUGUUGCGAUUGGAGUGAUCGUUUUUGCCGUGAUUGUCAUUACUAUAAUUCUGUGCCUCACUUGUUCGUGUUGCUGUCUGUACAAAGCAUGUCGAAGACCGCAGCCUGUUGUGACCACCACCACCGCCACGACGGUGGUUCACGCGCCGUACCCGCAGCCGCAGGCAGUGCCGCCCAACUACCCCGCAGCGCCGUACCAGGGCUACCAGCCCGUGGCCAUCCAGCCUCAGCCGGGGAUGCCGGUCGCGCCCUACCCUGCGCAGUACCCUCCCCCCUAUCCCAUGCAGCCUUCAGGACCCCCAGCUUACCAUGAGACGGUGGCAGCUGGUGCCGGAGCACCGUACCCCAUCAGCCAGCCCCCCUACAACCCUGCUUACAUGGAUCCUCAGAAGCCCACCUACUGAGCGGCCCUGCCACCGCGCACCGUGCAGCUGUAGUGUGCUAUCCUGGAAGACAGCAAUCUUUUGUCUAAGUAAAGUGAACGUUACUUCAGUAUCUUCUUUGUUUUUAAAUGCUUUGAGUACUUCUGGCAGAAGUUGUUCUUUUAUACCUCAAGUAAAUACGAAGAGAUUUUGUUCAGAAUACAGAAGGGGUGAUGCAGGAGUAAGAACCACAAUAACAUUUCUUGUGCAAUAAUUUUCAAGUGUGGUAGGAAGGAAUGGUGCACUGUGAGCGUUGUCAAACACCCAAAGCUGUGGCCAUCUCUUGCACAGUACUGAAUCAUAAAACCAUAACCUCUGAGAAGCUGUGUGACACGUGCUCUGCUUGUUUUGGGGUUACUCUAAGGAGGCAAGCUCCAACCGAAUCCAUUUCAUCCAUCAUGUAAAAGGGAACCUUUCUUGAAACACAUCUGCCUUCGGUGAGAGUAACGAGCCACGUUUGUGUUUGGACGAGUCGCAUUAUUCUGUGCUAAGUAGCAUGAGUUGAUCAUUUCCUUGUUUUAUUUCCCAAUUUUAAGGCUUAAAAACUGCCUCUGUUGGGUGUUUUCUCAGGCUGUUUUAGUUUAUAGCUAGAAAUUGACAAUAGAACCAAACCUUCUGCCGUUCCUUAGAACAAACAGAUCAAAAGCUGAAAACCUGGGGGUUCUUCAUUAAAAGAUAUUGGACGAAGACUUGGUUUGCUUAAUAGUCAUACGUUGUUGAGUAGUUUGGAGGAAAUAAAAAUAGCACCUUAGCUGUAUGUUAAGCAGAAAUGGCUGUCAGCGUCCAGUUUUGCCUCGUCACAGUGAGGGGAUUUAUUUCGGUUUUAUUUGGUGCACUCGGAAACAAAUCAUGGUUUCUUUAGUGUCUUCCACGAUGCCUCUUUUUCCUACGUUGAAAUACAACAUGUUGUUCCUUAGUGGAGCUGUAUGCAGGCCAUGGUAUCUGUCACUGUGAUGUAACGAGGGAAUAAUUUGGACCUGUCUCUGAUUGUACUUGGCUGGAGAGGCCUUCAAGGCCCUUGUCCUGUGACAUUACAGUUGAGAGGUAUAUGAACGUUUGAGAAACUUGGAACUUGAAUAACCAGUGGCAUUGUUUUACCUCAUAGGAUGGAUGGGAGCUGCUGCUGUCAAAGGCAGCCUUCUUUCUCUAGCUGAUUUUUGGGUCUUUUUCUGGGUUAUUCCAAUUAUUUUUUUUUUAAAUAGUCUUCAGGGCAUUUCAGGAUCAACUUGUAGAAAGUUUUUUGGUGUAUUUGGUAUUCACAAUGAGCCAGGUCCCUCUGUUACAGCCCUCUGCUGCAGGUAAUAGCGUGCAGUGGUGCCAGGAGGCACUGGCAGAGCAGGCGUGCCGUGGAUCUGUGUGUUCCUCCUCUUUCCUGCCCUGCAAGCCAAAAAAUUGGGCAAUGCUUCCUUACGCUGUUAGGAGUUCUGUGGGAACAUCCAAAAAUGGGCAGCGUUUCCCAUGUGGAGGAUCUGGGAUGUUUGUGUGGGGGAGGGCACUAAAUAACUGCAGAAGCAAUCCCUUUUCUGCAGAAGAACUCCCGUAGAAGGACAGCAGAGACUGCAGCAGCUUGGUCAGUCAGUGUAUGGCUGGAUGGGGGAGGCAGGAGGAGUAGGGUUAAGGAGCCUGGUAACCCCCAGCUUUCCUUCAGUGAACGCAUGCUGAUGAUAACUACAUGCAGGUGAAGGGAGAAAGCAGUUCUGCACGUGUUAACGAUGUAAUCGUAGCAUUACUGCGCGUUGCAAAACUGGAUGUAAGAAAACGGCCUGCUUUCCUCACUUCAGAACUGGAACACUUAACCGGGUCUUGCCUUCACGUAUAAAUCAAUGCUAACAGGAUGGUGUAGGACCAAAUUGUAUUAUCAUGGUGCAACCCAAUUCAGCUUCUUUUCUCCUAGUUAAGCAGAUGUAGCAGUGAGAUAAAUGAUGGAGGAUUUGGCCCAUACGUUGUAGUUCGAGCACUGCUCAAUGCAUUAGUCCCAGUAUAAUGUCUUCACAUCCAACUAGUUCUCCACCACCCCCAUUUUAAACAUUGACUCCAAUUCUUUUUUUUAAAUUCUGUAAGUGCCUUCGUUUCAGAAACGUUCUGUGGAAUUAAAUACAAUACAAUAUUCUGUCGUACGGAAUUUGCUAGAGAAUCAUUGUUGACUUUGUUACAUACUGUAAACCAGCUUUGUACGUCGUUUGUAGUUUAAACGUAAGUAUUCAAAAGAAAUGGCAUAAACUCUUUGCACCUUUGUAAUAAAUGCAGUGUUUGAAAUAUAUUCUAUCACUUUUGUUUUCUCA